CAUGAUUCUAUAUAUUUCAUAUUAAAAAUGUCCUUAUCAACUUCUUCCGCACACAACAAUUUAGAAGACUCGGCAAAGGAAUCCUUCGAGCGGCGGUCCGGCUGAAGCUUUAUCGUGGUGGCUUUGUUGAUCCCACCAAAGCAAGCACAAAGCAUUCUUUCUUCUACAUUAAUUAUCCUUCCAGAUUUUUCACUGUUCUUUCUGUGGAAAUCAUUUCGAUAAGUAGAAAAAUAUUGGAAAUCGGCAAAAGGCACUGGAUUGCUUUUGACUCCUGGUAGAAGAAAAGGAGACACCAGCUUAGGCCUUUGAAGCUCCACCUGACUGUCCUUUCAUCAUUUCGCCUCGCCUUGGACGACCGUUCUUAUUCUUCGACUCUCCUCGAUUUCCUGUGUCGUUCUUUAUCUCGCUUUAAAGAUUCGAUUUUUAUUGGGAUUUCAACUACGCUUCUUUGGGGUGGCUUCGUUUUGAAUUUUUUGGAAGUGAUGUGCUCCUCUGAAGCAUCAAAACUGGAUCUUGGCUUUUCAGACUGGCGUUGGAGAAUCCGGAGGCAAGGGUUUCAGUUUCUCUGAGUUCCGCAGACAAAGCCUCUAGGGUUUUAUUCCCUUUGUAACCCGCAGAACAGUCUGUGGAAAGCAAUUUCCAGCUGCCAAGAUUUGUCUUUUCCCCGAGUUUUCCUGCUUCCAAGUCUCAAUAUUGCCUCUGAUUCCGACUUUGCAAUCUCAAAUUAGGUACCGAAGGCCGGGACGUCACAGAUUAGCUCCUGCCUGAAGUAAUGAAUCCUGUGAAGCCAAGUCUGGAGAGCAUCAACAAGAAGCCCGACACCUCCACUGGCGCAUUUAGUUCUCUGGGGAUUGCUGGUUUCCUUGAUGUUUUUGUCCACCAAGCUCGCGACGUCCACAACAUCUGCAUCUACCACAAGCAAGAUGUUUAUGCCAAGCUCUGCCUCACCAGCGACCCCGACGCUGCCGUCUCCACCCAGAUCGUCAAUGGGGGUGGGCAGAACCCGGUCUUUAACGAGAAUCUGCGGCUCGGAGUGCGAACAAUUGAGUCGUCGCUCAAAUGCGAGAUUUGGAUGCUCAGCAAGGUGAAGAAUUACUUGGAAGACCAGCUGCUGGGAUUCGCAUUGGUAGCCCUCGCCGAUGUCCUUGUGGCCGAUGGCAAGCUGGUGCACGAGUUCCCCCUCUCAUCCACCGAUCUCUUCCAUUCCCCUGCCGGUUUCAUUCAAUUGUCGCUCUCUUAUGUUGGUGCCUUGCCGGAUGUUGUGGCCCUUGCAGCGGUACCCAAUUCCAUGGUUCCUGAGGCUUCUUUGCCGGAUGCAGAAAAUGAGGAUGAGAUUCCCUGUGAGUAUCAGAAAAUCGAAUUCCCUGACCUGAGAGUCGUUAACGAGAACAGGAUGAUGGUUUCAGAGCUCUUUGGGAUCCAAUGUACCACCAUGGAGACGCAGAAUUCUGAAAGCUUGAACACUUCAGAGAGUGGCAAUUGGUCGAACGAGGAAGCAGGGGUCCGUCUUGUUGAGAGCUUCUCAGCUGCUAAUAGUCAAGAUUCGAUUGAUAUUCCUGUAAGCAGUUGUAGCGCUAUGGGAUCUCAUAUCAUGCUUCCAUCCACAUCUUCAGCUAUCUCUCAUGUUCUCUCAGCCAUGGCAUCUCCAAGCCCUGAAGUUAGAGAUGGCGCGGCUGAUUCCUCUCCACAGCUGCAGAAUACAAUGGUGAAGCCAGUCAUCGGCGUAAACAUUGAGCCAGAGCAGACAGUUGUUCAGCAGGAUAUUGUCGAUAUGUACAUGAAAAGCAUGCAGCAGUUCACAGAGUCAUUAGCCAACAUGAAACUCCCUAUGGAUGUCGACGACACCUCUUCAAGUGCACAGAAUGGUAAUGACAAGAAGGUGCCAGCAUCAAAGGGGACUGGCUCUAAAGUCUUCUACGGAAGUAGGGCGUUCUUUUGAACUUAGUCACAGAUAGAUACACAGGUGACUUAAGCUGACAUUUCAAGUGGUCAUCUUAAUACUUAAUAAAGUAAUUUUUGGUUGCUGCUUAGGAUUAUCAAAUGGUUAUAGGAUCCUAAUGUUGUUAAUUAGUGCUUCUACAUGUAUAUGAUCUCCUUAUCCUAAUGUUGUUUUCACAAAAUAUUGGGUGCAUACUGGCAACUGUUAUGUUGUCGUAUUGUAUUAACCAUAAUUCUUGCCUUUGGAUGUGACCAACACACACAAAAUUCUAUA